AUGAAGAGCCACAAGGAAGGCAACCCCCUACUCCCGAUCAUCAGCCAAACGCCCGUCCCGACUUACGCCCUGGCCAAACGGCUUCAUAAAAUUCUUUGUCCAUAUAUCCCCUUCAGGAACUGCGUCACCUCAUCGGUGGAAUUUUUGGAGAUCCGCGACUCUUCCGGUGUGGGAACAAUGGCGUCCUUAGAUGUUGAGUCCCUAUUCACCAACGUCCCAGUCGAUGAGACGAUAGGGAUCAUCAUGGAGUGGGUAUAUAGGAAUCACGAUAUGAGACCCCCGAACCUCCAAGAAGACUCAUUAAGAACCUUGCUGGAUAUCUGUACGAUGAACACCCCUUUCACCACCCACCGAGGACAGAUGUACCACCAAGAGGAUGGCGUAGCGAUGGGGUCCCCCUUAGGAAUCCUCUUUGCUAACUUCUACAUGGGAGAAGUGGAAGAAAGGGUCUUCUCGCAACAUAGAUGUCCACGCACAUACAGACGCUAUAUUGAUAACAUCUUCGUGCAAGCCGACUCCGAGGAUGAGGUAGAAGCCAUUCAACAGCAGAUUCUGCGUCACAGCGCACUCAACUUCACUGUCGAGUACAGCAGCAACGAUGUCCUUGUCAUGAAAACGAAUCAGAAGCUAGCGACAACAGUCUACACCAAAGCUACAAACCUUAGACUUUGUCUAAAUGGAGAUAGAGAGUGUCCUGUGUGGUUCAAGACCACCACAGUCAGGGCCUUCGUCAGGAGGGCCCUCUCGCACUGUUCGACGUGGCAGGACACGCACCUCGAACUCGACCGAGCAUCCCAGAUGCUCAUUAAUAAUGGGUACUCAAUUAAACUCGUAAACUGA